AUGCACGCCAACGCCUUUUCGGAGGAAGACAGCUACGCUACGCUGACGGGCCUGGAGGAGAAGGAGGGUUCCUCCGGCCUGGGCCUGAAGGUGGUUUCGAAAGCGAUCGACACUCUCUUCGCAUUCGAGCCGUUCUUCGAUUACAUGGUGGAAGAGGCGCGCGAGAAGAUAGUGAAGCGGUCCUACACUCUCGGGGUGGGGUGGGCGGAGAACGUGGACGGCAUGAGGCGCAAUAUGGACGAGCUCCAGGGCGAGUACGACCGGCUGCUGGACGCCAAGGUGUCAACACCUUCCUACUACUACGCGCCGUUCCACUGCUACCCGGAAGGCAACCUCUCGUGGCAGGCCGCGCUCGAAGUCGAGCCCUCCGCCAUCUGUGUCCACGCCGACAUCUACACGGGGAAGAAAGGGGUGUACGAGCGCCACGGGGACGACAAGCUGCGGGGGAACUUUCACCAGAGGAUGAAGGAGAUGCUCAAGGGUCCCGAGCCCAAGGAUAUCCUCGACAUCGGGUGUUCGACGGGACUGUCAACCCUGAAGCUGGCGGAGACCUUCCCGUCGGCGAGGAUCACCGGGGUGGACCUGUCGCCGCACAUGCUUGCCGUGGGGCGUUACUUCCUCCGGACGAGGGAGGAGCAGCGCCACGCGAGGGGCAGGAUCGAGUACCUGCACGCCGCCGGGGAGAUGACGGGGAUGGGGGACGCGUCCAUGGACCUCGUCUCGUUGUCGCUGACGAGCCACGAGCUGCCGGCGGACGCCACUAGGUAUGGGUGUUUUGUGCGUGUGUUGGGAGAAGCGAGCGCCGGUAGGAUUAUUCUUGGUGGGGGAGGGGGGUGCGUGUAG